AUCAUGUCGCGUAUCAUUAUGUGCACCGCUGCACCUAAUCUGGCAGUGCAAAGCUAAGGCCAGCCCCGCGCUCCUUCGUUUGGUGGCGUCAAUGUCUGCCCGUCCAAUUCCGGCGUUGCAAUGACAAGUCUUCAUGCAUACGAUCUACCCCGAUCGGCAGUAAGCCCUAGCUCGUCCCGCGGGGUCGAUAUGGUCAGGUUCUUUGAAAUGUUUAGAUCGAGGGAACCAUCGUCAGCAUCAAUACUCUCGAAAUAUCGUCAAGAUGUGGUAUGGGAGUAGCAGAGCACAAGCCUUGGCAACGCUUUUUCUGGCAUGCACCAAUGCGUGCCUGCACGAACGCUUCUCACAUUCGCCUAUGAUAACGAAGCGGGACUCUCCCUUGACCCCAUUGAGUCCAGAGGAAGCCAUUCUUGUGGAUGCUAUUUCCAACACCACGAUAUCACAAUGGUCUUAUUACUACACCCAUGGCGCACAUCUUGCCGGUAAAAACCUGUCAAUGGCAGAGUGGACGGCGGAUCAUUGGAGAGAAAAUGGCUGGAAUUCCAGCGUCGUUUCCUAUGACGUCUAUCUGAACUAUCCCGUCAAUAAGUCGUUAACUUUAACCUAUUCUAAUGGCACUCUUUAUCAGCCGGAUUUAGAGGAAGCCGUGCUGGAUGAAGAUGAGACAACCAGCUAUCCUAAUCGAAUACCUACCUUCCACGGGUAUUCGGCCAGUGGUAGCGCCGAUGCCGAAUUCGUCUAUGUUGGACGUGGCCAGCAGGUUGAUUUCGACAGAUUGAACGAACUCGGUGUACCCUUAGAAGGCAAGGUCGCUAUCGCGAAGUAUGGCGGCCCUUUUAGAGGACUAAAGGUGAAGAAUGCGCAAGAGCAUGGUAUGAUCGGCGUAAUUAUUUUCACGGAUACUUCCGAUGAUGGUAAUAUCACUGAAGCCAACGGUUAUGCCGCGUACCCUGAUGGGCCGGCGCGGAAUCCAUCUUCUGUGCAACGAGGGAGCGUACAGUUCCUAUCGAUAUAUCCGGGUGAUCCAACAACCCCCGGUUACCCUUCAAAGAAUGAUUCACCACGUGCAGACCCAUCGCGAGUUCUCCCUAAGAUCCCUUCAAUCCCAAUAUCAUACGUAAAUGCCAUUCCAAUCUUGGCCGCUCUCGACGGACAAGGAACACCUGGCACUGAGGUUAAUCGUACGGGUUGGGUGGGCGCACUGAACGUGUCCUAUAGUACUGGACCUGCCCCUGGUACGACUAUUAGCAUGUCAAAUCUUAUGGAAGAUGAAUAUACUCCAAUAUGGAACUCGAUCGGGAUAAUUAAUGGCACGAUCGCGGAUGAGACGAUCGUGAUAGGAAAUCAUCGAGAUGCGUGGAUUGUUGGAGGCGCUGCUGACCCAAACAGCGGAACUGCCAUCAUUGUCGAACUUGCGAAAGCAUUCGGCAAACUCUUGUCUCAAGGAUGGAGGCCGAAACGAAAUAUAGUUCUUGCCUCCUGGGAUGCGGAAGAGUACGGUCUUGUUGGUUCAACCGAGUGGGUUGAAGAACAUGUGCCUUGGCUUACUGAGACGGCGGUAUCUUAUUUAAAUAUUGACGUUGGCGCUUCCGGACCUUGGCCUUACAUAGAUGCAACUCCCGAACUACAUACAAUUGCAAUCGAUAUAAUGAAGAAAGUCUCGUGGAUGAACACAAAUCGUACCAUGUACGACGCCUGGCUUGAGUACACGAGUGGUUCCGUUGGUGUAUUAGGUAGUGGUAGUGAUUAUACUUCUUUUGUCCAUAAUGGAAUCGGUUCUAUAGAUAUGGGAGCUGGGUCAGGUUCAGAAGACCCUAUUUAUCACUACCAUUCUAAUUUCGACUCUUAUCAUUGGAUGACGACAUUUGGAGACCCCGGUUUCCUAGCCCACAAAUCCAUGGCCCAAUACCUAACACUCUUGGCUUAUAAUCUCGCAGAUCAAGAUGUGAUACAGUUCGACUUACCUAACUAUGCCACACAGCUAGAGAAAUAUUACGAUGAUCUCGUUUCAACGAUCAAUUCAAAUUCUCAAGACCUAGAUACCUCUCCGCUACAGGAUGCAAUAGAAGAGUUCAAAACUGGCGCGACAGAAGUGCAGGCAGCUGCACAACAGGCAACGGCAACGAAUGACUCCCAACUGAUGACACUUGUGAAUCACAAGUACAGAGAUUUCCAGCGUGGGUUUGUAUCCCAAGGUGGUCUCCCGGAUCGCGAAUUCUUUCGACAUCUCAUUUUCGCUCCCGGACUCGACACAGGUUACGCGGCAACGACAUUUCCCGGGAUAACAGAAGCAGUGGAAGCUAAGAACACAUCACUCGCAACUGGUUUUAUUCAGAAGACUGCAGACGCUAUUUUAGUAGCUGCAAAUAUCAUCAAGACUUAAUUAUGCCAUAAUAAUAGACUAUUCUGG